UAAUAAGUGACUCCGAUUCUGACAUAGCACAUAAAACAUAUCGGAAGAUAAGGAAAGAGGUGUAAAUAAUAAUCCGAUAUGAACCACAAAGAUUCCGUGGGGCGCAGAUCUAGACAGAGAAAAACUCUCUGUUUAUGAACAUCUGUGUGUGACGCAUUUGUGUCCCUGUGGUCUCUCAAAGUUUUUAUUUCUGGUAAACAGUAUCACACCACUCGAACCUGCAUCAUCAGUGUGUUUACAGAGCUGCUGUGCAGCCUGCAUCCUGCUAAGAAGCCUGCUAUGACUCAGAGGUCAGGUGGCUGAAGUGAACAUUGUGUCACUGACAUGAAAACAUCACUUCUAGCUUGCUGUUAACAUCUGCAGAAACGCAUGUCAUGAGAACAGCCACUUGUCGACUGUACUUGCAAAUCACGGGUCAUUCGAUAACAGAUUCGUUUGGUAAGAGCCCCCGGGGAGAGAGAGAGACGGAUUUGUUUCAAAUGAAUUCUUAACGAGGUCUUCUGGGUCUGACUGGGGCUUGUUAAUGAUCAACACAGUCCACCCUUCUCACCAGGCCAUCACUGUGGAUACCAAGAACCCGUAAACACCUCCACCUACAGCUGAAGCUCCUGUUCGACUUUAAAUGAUAGGAGCCAUGUGGCAGGAUCGGUCCAAGGAUAGCAUCGCUGCGCAAGUCACAUACUUUUCAGGCCACAAAGGAGAGGUGAAUUGCUGCGCGUUCUCGCCCGACUGUCAACUCGUUCUCACGUGCUCGGAUGAUGGCCGCCUUUACCUGUGGAGAUUGUCCAAUGGGAAACUCGUGGCCAAAGUACAUGGUCACACAGGGCCGGUGAAACGGUGCACUUUUUCCAAAGACGGCUGUUUGUUCGCAAGCGCGUCACAUGACUGUACCACACGUGUCUGGAGCACGUCACCCAUCCGGUGCAUUCACAUUUUGACAGGUCACUUGCGAAGUGUUGAGACGGUGACCUUCAGUCUCGACGGCCGAAGCCUGGUAUCAGGGGGGUGGGACAACAUAGCACUGCUCUGGGACAUCCAUACUGGACUCAAACUGAGGCAGUUCUGUGGUCACAGUGCUGCUGUUCAGAGCAGUGCAUUCUCCACAGAUUCACAGUGGCUGGCCACAGGCUCAUGGGAUCACACUGCGAAACUGUGGAGUCUCAGUGGCGAUGAGGAGGUCGUGACCUUAACAGGGCAUCGGGGGAAUGUGGUCUGUCUCUGCUUCUCCACCACUGGGAUGUUGGCAUCCGGUUCGUGGGAUGGAACGGUGCGUGUGUGGUCACUGCAGAGGCGUGAGUGUGUGUUCGUGCUGGGUGGAGGUGAGCGUGUGUGGGUGAAGUGUGUGGCUUUCUGUAGAGAUGGAUCAGUCCUGGCAUCCACUGCCGAAGGGGACAAGGUGAGAGUCUGGGACAUGGCAGACGGCAGGUGUGUAAAGUGUUUACAGGGACACAAGGACUCAGCAUACGGGUGUGUAUUCAGCCCUACUGGUGCCCUGCUCACUAGUGGCUCUGACCAGCUUGACCUGGGUGAGACAGAAGACAACGAUGAUGAAGAGGAAGAAAAUAAUAAGCGAGAGGACGGACAAGACAAACUAAAGAUUACAAAAUGUCAUAUUUUUUUGGAAAAUAAAUAAAUAAACAAUCCACGGG